UCUCCAUCCGGACACCACCUCCGCUGGAGCUGGGAGGCGGAGGGAGGGAGGCCAGGGAGCCGUCCGUUCGCCCUCCUCAGUCCGGAGUCGAAUUGAACCGUCGGCGGAGGAUUUUUACCUCCAUGCGUAAAUGCGCGGUGAGUCCUGUGCGCCCUGAUGGCUCAGAGGACGCAGUGACAGCUGUCGGCGUCCGGGGUUCACGCUGAACACUUGUAGCUCCCCUGAACACAGUCUGGAUCAGGUGACCAAACUGUUUGUUAUAUGUAAACACGCAGAGUCUCCGUCGUGGAUCGCGGGACCCUUCGCGCCUCUCUCGUCUUGUUGCGGGGCGUUGGAGGAGAGGAGGGCGUUCAGGCUCCGUGCUGCCAAGUCUCAUCCCAUGAUGGGACACGGCAACUGUCAUCUACUGCGACGAUGAGCCACAGAAGCAGCCCGGUCAGGGCGUACGACUUUCUGCUCAAGUUCCUGCUGGUGGGGGACAGCGAUGUUGGGAAGGGCGAGAUUCUGGCGAGCCUGCAGGACGGAGCGACCGAGUCCCCGUACGGAUACAACAUGGGGAUCGACUGUAAGACAACCACCAUCCUCCUGGAUGGGAGGAGAGUCAAGCUGCAGCUCUGGGACACAUCUGGUCAGGGACGAUUCUGCACCAUUUUCAGAUCUUAUUCCAGAGGAGCACAGGGAGUUAUUCUGGUGUACGACAUCACCAACCGCUGGUCCUUCGACGGAAUCGACAGGUGGAUCAAAGAGAUAGACGAGCAUGCCCCAGGGGUGCCCAAGAUCCUGGUUGGGAACCGCCUGCACCUGGCCUACAAGCGUCAGGUGAACACGGAGCAGGCUCAGGUGUACGCAGAGAAGCUGGGCGUCACCUUCUUCGAGGUCAGCCCGCUGUGUAACUUCAACAUCACCGAGUCGUUCACAGAACUCGCCCGCAUCGUCCUGAUGAGACACGGCAUGGAGCGACUGUGGAGGCCCAACCGAGUGUUGAGUCUUCAGGAUCUCUGCUGUCGCUCCAUUGUCUCCUGCACUCCGGUCCAUCUGGUUGAUAAACUCCCUCUCCCACUGGCUCUUAAGUCCCACCUGAAGUCCUUCUCCAUGGCCAACGGCCUCAACACCCGCAUGAUGCAUGGACGCUCGUACUCUGUCACCGCCAAUACCAACGCCCACCACGGCGCCACCAAGAGGAGUGGAGGGGUGCUGCUGAAAAAACCUAAACUAAUCCGGCCGCCCCCUCUCAGCCCGUCUGCACAGAGCUGCAGAAACAGCUGCAAAAUAUCCUAACGGCUAUACGCGCAGACAGGAUGUGUCGGUGAACGCAUCAUCACCAUAAGAGAAUUAUGACAAGUCAUUGGUUUUCUUCAUCAUAAGAAAAUGGUGAAGCCAAAAGCACACUGUGUCUGUCUGUGACAAAAUACACCAAACACUGAAAGGGAGCAGAACAGACAAAACAAAAUGUGGACGAGACUUCAGGUCAAAGUUUAAACAGUCUCAACUCUGUGAAAUCCGCUGCUUUUGAUGAGCGGGAAUCAAACCUGAUCUGUGAGCGAGUGGACAUUGUUUCAACAGAACCUGCUGACAGGCAGAAAGUCACCUGAAACACAGUAAAACAGCCGUUUGUUUGCAUUCAGGGUCCAUUUUGUUGUUUGAUGGGUUUUUUCAUGAGGAAACUUUCACGUCCAGUUGUAGAGGAACUGACAUGAUGUCCACUGUGUCAACAGGAAAUGAAAGAUGACUUCUUAAUGCAGCCGCCAUGUUUUUUAAAACCAUCAAAUCUUCAAUGUGACUUCAAUGUGUGAGUGUUUGGGCCGUCAUUGGAAAGAAAAUUCUAAGAUUUAAUAUUGAAAUAUUUUUAGUGAAAAGCUCUAAUGUUAUGGCAAACGUCAUAAUUUUCCAAAAAAUCUUCUUGAAAAGGUUUUAAUAUUUUGAGAAUAAAAUCAUACACCUUUGAAGUAAAAUCUUUCAGUAUAUGGACAGUCAGGAAACACAAAAACACACUCAUCUCCACGCUUUUGCAAUUUUCUGAUAGAAUCUGCGACUUUAUUUUCAAAUGUUAGUCCAGCUUUUUAAAAAUUGCAACGUCAUGUUGAAAUACUAACAUUAUUAAGACAUUUGAACUAUUAUGACUUUUUUCUGAGCUUAUUUUGCCUUUGUUCUGGAAAUGUUUUUUGCUGACUCUGGCCCUACGAGCACUGGUUGAACUCAACACGUUUUUGAUCUUUCUGUUCAGUUUGCUCACAGACCUUUAAGGACACUGAGGAAGAAGUACUCUGAGGGAAAAACCAAAUUACAGCACUUAAUGCUGAAAAACCUUCAGGUCCUCUCACAGACUGAUCGUUGCUGUAUACCUGCAGGUGGAAUUUCCUUUACUGCCUCCUUAUAGGCAAGUUGUGCUCAUGGUUGUGCAGCUUUUUCUUUAGGAUGUCUUGUACAAACCAGACUCAUGGAUGUCCACAAACAGGAACACACCUAUCUGUACAUACAUGCACUUUGGACUUGCGUUUUUUGCAUAAUACACUGAAAGACGUGAAUACACUUCAAUGUGUGUGUCUGAGAUCAAACGUUUACCUUCCUCUUCCUCUGGGCCUGUUUCACUGGCUUGUCAGAUACACUUUCAGCUGCAACUUGUGUACAAUAUUUGUACGUAUUGUAAAGAUGACUGUUUGAUACGAGGACUGUGGAGAACCUGUGGGGUUUGUACAUGUUUUCAGUGCAAAGUGAUGUUAUAUUUUUCCUGACUGACACCCACAAGUCACCCACUGCUGACAGAGGAGCUCACUGAACAAAACAGUGUUUCUAGCACUGCCUAUUAACGUUCAAUAAGAUGCACCUUUACAAUAAACUUUAUCCACCCUGA